AUGAGUGAUUCUAAGGAAAUGGGGAAGAGGCAGCUUGGCCCUCUGGAUGAGGAACUGCUGACAUCCAGCCACACCAGGCACUCCAUCAAAGGCUUUGGCUUCCAACCAAAUUCUGGAUUCAGUAGCUUCACAGGGUGCCUGGUCCACAGUCAAGUCCCCUUGGCACUUCAGGUGCUCUUCCUCACUGUUUUCUCUGUGCUGCUGGUUGUCAUACUUGUCAAAGUCUACAAAAUACCCAGUUCUCAGGAGGAAAACAAUCAGAUGAAUGUCUACCAAGAACUGAUCCAGUUGAAGGCUGGCAUAGAUCGACUGUGCCACUCCUGCCCCUGGGACUGGAUGCAUUUCCAAGGAAGCUGCUACUUCUUCUCUGUAGCCCAGAAGUCCUGGAAUGAUUCUGCCACUGCCUGCCACAAUGUGGGGGCUCAACUUGUGGUCAUCAAGAGUGAUGAAGAGCAGAACUUUCUACAACAAAUUUCUAAGAAGAGAGGUUACACUUGGAUGGGGCUCAUUGACAUGAGCAAGGAGUCUACAUGGUACUGAGUAGAUGGUUCACCUCUGACUCUCAGUUUCAUGAAGUAUUGGAAUAAAGGAGAACCUAACAACCUGGGAGAGGAAGACUGUGCAGAGUUCAGAGAUGACGGCUGGAAUGACACCAAAUGUACUAACAAGAAAUUCUGGAUCUGCAAAAAGCUUUCAACUUCCUGCCCUAGCAAGUGA